AGUGCCUGCGGGAGCUGCGGCGCCUCGGGACCCCCGGGGACCCCCCCAGACCGCUCGGGACCCCCGGGGACCCCCCCGGGACCCUCCCGGAGACCCCCGGGCUGCAGCCCCUGGUGCUGCUGCGGGCGGAGGGCGCGGGCGAUCCAGCGGAUCCCUGGGAAGAGCCUGGGCCGGAUCCCGGCCCCCCCUCCGCCUUCAGCCUCACUCCGGCCGCCCGGGCUCAGCUGCUGCAGCUCCCCCGUUUUGGGGGGGUCUCCGGGGGAGCCCCCCCGGUUUUGGCGGCGGCGGACCCGGCCCCGGUGCAGGCGCUGCUGCUGCGGGGGGGGGGUCGCGCUCUGCCCCUGGGGGGGCCCCGUUUGGCGGCUCUGGCGCUGCACCCCGCCCUGCCCCCCCCCCUGCGCCUCUUCUUCCUCCUCUGCCUCCUCCAGGGGGGGGACCCCAAAAACCCCGGGGCGGGGCCCCCCCAAACGCUGCCCCCCCAUUUGGCCGCCGCUCUGUUCCCGGGGGGGCGCGGGGACCCCCCCGAAAUGUUCCUGCCCCGUUUGGAGGCGGCGGCGGCGUUCUGCUCCCCGAAUUCGGGGGGGGCUCCGAGCGGGGGGAGCCCCCACCCCAAAAUCGCGGGGGGGCGGGAGUGGCUGUGGGGGCUGGUGCGGUUUUUGGGGGGCGGCCCCCCCGAUUUGUUCUGCCGGGCGGUGGUCGCGUACGGGCGCUGGUUCGGGGGGGUCCCCGCCGAGGAUCUGGGGGGGGCGGCCGAGAAAUUAUUGGGGGGGGGUCACCCCGCGGCCCCCCCGCACCUGCUGGAGCUCGCCAAGGUUUUGGGGGGGCCCCUCGGGGGGGCUUUGAUGGCGCGAGUCCUGCGGGCCCCCCCGCCCCCCCCGGGCUCCCCCCAGCUCCGGGGGGUGCUGAAGGUUCUGCGCGACCCCCCCGGGAGCCCCCUGCCCCAAAUGCACCCCCAGGUGCGGGGGUACCUGCGGCGGGCGCUGGCGGCCGAGCGGGGGGGCUGGGGGGGGGCUCAGGGGGUGCUGAGCGCUGCCGCCCCCCUCCUGCCCCGCGGGGGGGUCCCGCUGUGCCCCCCCCCGCCCCGGGACCCCCCCGUUAUUGGAGGGGGGGACCCCGACGUGCGGGACCGCGCCCGCCUGCACUGCGCGCUGGCGGCCGCGCUGGGCCCCCCCCAAACUGGGGGCGGUUUUGGGGCCCCCCCCGCGCUGCGCCCCUCGCCCCCCGCCCCAAAACGGCUCCGGGGGGGGCGGUGGGGGAGGGGGCGCUCCCCCCUCUCUGCUGCCCGCGCCCCCCCCCUGCCGCCUGCGCUGCCUCCCCGGGGCCCACCCCCCGUUCUGCGCCCCCCCCGGGGCCCCCCAAGACCCCGAGGCGAGGGGACCCCUCCCCAAAUUGGGGGGGAGCCCCCCCCCGUGCUGGCGCUGCAGCUGCUGCUGGGGGGGGGCGGGGGCUGGGCCGAGGGGGCGCUGCCGGUGCUGGGGGGGGGGCGCGGGGGGGCCGAGCUGACCCUGACCCUGCGCCCCCCCCGAGCCCUGCCCCCCUCGCUCGAGGCCGCCGCCGUUUUCAGCACGGGGGGGGCCCCCCAAAAAGGGGGAGGGGGCUCUUUCCUGGCGGCCCUCCCCCCGCUCCAGGUGCCUUUGGGGGUCCGGCUGCGCCCCCUCGCCCUCCCCCCGGCCUGGGACCCCCCCCGCGCCCGCCGCGCCUUCGAGGCGCUCUGGGGGUCGCUGGGGGGGGGUCCCGAGACCCUCCUGGUGCUGGGGGGGGGCGCGGCCGCCCCUCCCCCCGCCCUCGCCCCCCUGUUGGUGCCCGGGGGGGGAGGGGCGGGGGGGGGAUGGGCGCUCGCGGCCGCCGCCCCCCCCCGGGGGUUGGUGCUGGCGCGGGGGGGGCCGGGGGGGGAGGGGCGGGUGCGGGGGCAGCGCUGGGGGGGGGUCCUGCUGCUCGCGCGGCUGCUGCGGGGGGAGGGCGGGGCCUGA